GUGGACACAUUUUUGUUUUAAAUUUCUGCGUUAUUAUAUUCAUCUCGAUUUAUGAUGAGAAAAAAAUUGUUUGAUCUCAGUUUGUGGUGGCGACAGUGAAAAAUUUUCUGGCGAUCGAUGCAGGCUCAUUUUUAGUUUUACCAACUAUUAUGAUCCCGGCUCUAACGGGUAUUUUCAAUGAACAUAACAGAAAUGAAUUCCUUACAAUUACACCCGCACAAGCAUCGAUGGUUGCCUCUCUUGGCUUUAUAUUAAAACCAAUUGGAAGUUUUAUAUCAGGAUUAAUUACAGAUUCAUUGGGACGCAGACCCGCAAUGAUUUUCGUGAAUAUUCCAUACGCAAUUGGAUGGUACACCCUUUAUCAGUCAAGUUCCCUUUGGCAUUUAUAUCUUGGAAUCGCAUUUCUUGGACUGGCUGUUGGGUUGAUGGAGGCUGCUGUUGUUUCUUAUAUUGGUGAAAUAAGUGAGCCAAAAUACAGAGGUGUAUUUCUUGGUUACACAAACAUAUGUUAUUCAUUUGCGAUGUUCAUGACACUGUUUCUGAAUACUUUGAUGCCUUGGAGAAUGGUGUGCCCUUGUUGUUUGGCGGUGCCUGUAGUUACAGCAAUUACGAUGUACUUUAUUCCUGAAAGUCCAUAUUGACUGCCAAAAAUCGAACGGACCAGGCUGAAAAAGCGCUUCGCUUUCUUCGGGGUUGGGUGUCAAGUGAACAUGUAGCUCAAGAAUUUCACGAUUUACAGCAACAUAUGAAACUUUCAAAAUCGUGUAACACAUGCAUUGCACAAGAUUUGGAAUGUAACCAUCCACAGUCAACGUUAAGCGAAAAACUCACUGAAUUCAAACGGAAACGAGUGCUUAAACCGGUAUUCAUUAUUAUUCCAACAAUAUUCCUCGCCAUAUAUCUGGGAUUUGGAUCUUUAAAACCCUAUACGGUGUAAAUUUUUAAAGCGUACGACAGUCCCAUUCCCGCCGAUCAAGCAGUGGCAAUAAUGAGUAUUCUCGAUACUAUUGGAAGUGUGAUUUUUAUAUUUCUGGUUCCAUUCACGGGCAAGCGAAAACUUUAUUUAUUCUGUCUGUCAGGUACAAUGAUUUGUUCCGCUAUACUUACGUGGAUUUACCUAUUUGCCAGCGGGCCAUAUUUCCUUUGCUCAAGCAGAAGUGGAACCAUUCCAUUUGAAUAAAGCACUUGG